AUGGCUGCAAAGAACGUCCUACGAAGAGCAAUGCUCUAUGUCCCGGGCUCGUCACAGCGCUUCCUUGACAAAUCCCGAACCAUGACCGCCGAUUGCAUAGCCUACGACCUCGAAGACAGCGUCACGCCAGGCCGCAAAGCCGAAGCCCGCACCCUCGUCCGCAAAGCACUUGACCAGUCCCUGCCCGAGAGCGUAAAAGAACGCGCAGUACGUAUCAACAGCGUCGGCUCUGGCCUCGCGUUAGCAGAUCUUGAAGAAGUAGUCAAGUCUCCUAACUUGACCACGCUGGUCGUACCAAAAGUCGAGAGCGCAAGCGACUUGACGUUUAUAAGCGAUGUGCUGACCCAUUCACGGAGUAAAGAGUUUGGUGAUACACCGAUCAGCAUCCUAGCCUUGAUUGAGAGCGCAAAGUCGCUGCUCAACUUGAACGAAAUAUGCCGUGCGGCACCGCACCUGUUGCAAGGUCUGGUCUUUGCUGCGGAGGACUACGCGCUGGACAUGAAUGCCACGAGAACACCGAGUCUGACGGAGUUUCUGUACGCGAGGCAGGCGAUUGCCACGGCGGCAAGGGCGUAUAAUCUGCCCAGCACGAUCGAUCUGGUUGCCACAGCGUUCAAGAGCGAGGCGGAUCACGAGGCGCUGCAACGUGAGUGCGAGGAAGGGAAGGGGAUGGGAUAUAAUGGGAAGCAGUGCAUUCAUCCUAGUCAGGUGGAGACUGUGCAGAAGAUAUACAGCCCGAGUGACAAGGAGGUCGAGUGGGCGGUCAGAAUUACCAUUGCGCAGAAACGCGCCGAGGAAUUGGGCAAAGGAGCGUGGGCUAUGGAUGGGAAGAUGAUUGAUGCUCCUGUCGAGGGGAAGGCGAGGGCGAUUGUCAAGAAAGCCGAAUUGAUUGGGUUUGAUGUUAAGAGUUUGCAGGAGAAACAUAAGGCUCAGCAACCGGAAUAG